AUAGGAGGGAGGAGUCCAGACGGGAGGGUUUAAGAUGAAAAGGUGCUGCAUGCAGAUGAUGCAGGGAAACUGCUGCAGGUCGACUUGAAGUUAUCAGGAUGGCUAACUGGAUUAUCAAUAAUGGGCUUACAGCCUUCAUUCUGAUCGUCUGGAUGGGCAUCAACACAUUCCUUUUCGUCUGGUAUUACCUCUUAUACGACCUGAGAGACCAGUAUUUCUACACGCGUCAUCUCUUAGGGUCUGCCUUGGCCUGGGCCAGAGCUCCCGCUGCUGUCCUGAACUUUAACUGCAUGCUGAUCCUGCUGCCGGUGUGCAGAAACCUGCUGUCUCUGCUGCGCGGCUCUUUCGGGUGUUGCGGCAGAACAAUGAGGAAACAACUGGACCAUAAUUUGAGUUUCCACAAGCUGGUGGCGUACAUGAUCGCUCUGAUGACAGCUGUUCAUGUUGUUGCCCAUCUGUUGAACGUUGAGUGGUACAACAACAGCAGGCGAGGAGUUUACGAUGAACUCAGCACGGCUCUCUCCAACCUGGAUGACACAACUAACACCACCUACCUGAACCCCAUCCGCACCAUAGACGUUGAUGCUCAGCAGUCUCCGACCUACCUUGUCUUCACCACCAUUGCUGGCCUCACAGGCGUCAUUAUCACUCUGGCUCUCAUCCUCAUCAUUACCUCCUCCAUGGAGGUCAUCAGACGCAGCUACUUUGAGGUCUUCUGGUACACCCACCAUCUCUUCAUCAUCUUCUUCAUUGGUCUUGUUUUCCACGGAGCCGGACGUAUUGUGAGAUCACAAGUACCAACAACACCACCGCACAACAUCACAUUUUGCAAGGACCACAGUAACCAAUGGGGACGAAUUCCUGAUUGUCCCAUCCCCCAGUUUGAAGGAGGAUUCCCACAGACCUGGAUGUGGGUGAUAGGUCCCAUGAUUCUGUAUCUUUGUGAGCGUCUGCUACGUUUCAUUCGUUACAUGCAGACAGUCAGAUACCGAAAGAUCGUGAUGAGGCCAUCCAAGGUGCUGGAGCUUCAGCUGGUGAAGAACGGGUUCAAAAUGGAGGUGGGUCAGUACGUCUUCCUCAACUGCCCGGCCAUCUCCCAGCUGGAGUGGCACCCAUUUACCAUGACCUCCGCCCCUGAGGAGGACUUCUUCAGUGUCCAUAUCCGCUCGGCCGGGGACUGGACCGACAAACUCAUCAGCAUCAUGCAGCAGCUGCCUGAGGGAGCACAGGGGCCCAAAAUGGGAGUGGACGGACCCUUCGGCACAGCCAGUGAGGACGUCUUUGACUAUGAGGUCAGCAUGCUGGUUGGUGCCGGCAUUGGAGUCACUCCCUUCGCCUCCAUCCUUAAGUCCAUCUGGUACAAGUUCAAAGUCUCUAACCCUAAACUGCGCACCAGGAAGAUCUACUUCUAUUGGCUCUGUCGGGAAACGCACGCCUUCGAAUGGUUUGCCGACCUCCUUAAGGGGCUGGAGAAAGAGAUGGAGGAGAGAGGCAUGGGGGAUUUCCUCACUUACAAACUCUUUCUGACCAGCUGGGAUCAAAGCCAUGCUUACCGUGAAGGGGUGAACUAUGACAAAGACACAGAUGUGGUUACCGGGCUCAAACAGAAAACAAACUUUGGCAGACCUGCCUGGGACAAAGAGUUUGAACAAGUCCGCAAAGAGAACCCAACGUCGGUGGUUGGAACUUUCUUAUGUGGCCCUCAAGUUCUGGCUAAAGUCUUGGAAAAGAAAUGUGCCAAAUUCUCAGACGUGGAUCCCCGAAAGACCAAAUUUUACUUCAACAAGGAGAACUUCUGAGAGACAUGCAUCAGGAAAGCAACAUUUGGGCUUUUAAAGGACUUCUCUUGUUUGGGAAUUUCCUUUGUUCACUAUCUGCGUGCAAAGACAAAGCAGCCUGACAGCCUGCGACACGAGCUGGGUGUGUUUGGACACACUUGCUAUACUGCACUCUGAUAAAAAGGCACAGCAUGUUGUUUUUUUAGCACUACUCAGGGACUGGCCUUCUUUUAGAUCUUUCCAACCAUUAUGAAACCAUGAAUUCACUUAGGCCACAGCCACAUGUUAGUAUACUCACUGUAAUGUUCAUACUAAUCUGCAUGUCCAUUUUUAUUCCUGAGACUUGAACAAGUUUAUAAGGAAAAAUGUUACUGUUACAGGGGUAUCAGGACCUCCAGGUGUUUGUCUCCAUUAUACAUUUGUUGUUAAUUUUACAUGUCAUUGAAAAAUAUCUUUGGAAAAAGACAAAUAACAUUAAAAUUAAGACAGUAAUAAUUCAUAGUUUACUACUUCAGCAGAUCAGUCAGUGCUGAAACAGACAAGUAUCUUUUGAUUCAUGAAUAACCAGCCAGGUUUGGUCUUAAUAAUUUUUCCUCUAAAUUUAGGGUUUGCCAGAGAAAAGAAGACCCCGUGUUUACAUGUUUUUGUUAUAUGCAACAAACCACCCAAAAACUGGGAGAAUAUUUGGUUAACAAUCUGAAAAUGGCAGAAAAUCACACCAAUAACUUGGGAUCAAUGGAUUUUCCGCUUGAUUCUUAAUAGCAUAAAUCUAUCAGAAUCAUUAACUUUCUUAAAAGUAUUGAAUCUUUGAGCCUUAAUUUUCUAAGUGAGGAUCUAAAAUGAAAUACACUACAUAAUAAAUAACAUUUCUCAUUUGAAAUAAAGACAUUUGAUUGAUCUAUGUGUUACAAUGGUAUUUUAAGCUCUAACAGUAGAAGUGUAAAUAGGUUUAUGUUUCUUCCUCAGGCUUUACUGGUUAAGGAAACAGGCUUCUCGUAAACCAACAGUGAUAUAUUGUUACCUGUCAAUAUCACCUGCAUUUCCUCAUCAGUGGGAUAAGUAAGGAGGUUAAGGAGGUCACAUAGCCUGAGGUUAAUCAUCCUUUAAACACACGGAAGGACUUCUAGUAAUCAAAACUAUUUUUAUCAUUUAACUGUUUGUUGUUUUAACCUCUUUUCUUGUAAAUAAUUCCAAACUAUUUUUAAUAAAUGAAUAAAUACAUGCAACGAAA